GGCCCCGCCCCGUCCCCGCCCGCUGAGGUCUGCGCGCGAAUGCCGUGGCGCGAAUUUGGGACCGCCGCGAUUCGCCCAGCAGAUCCGAGCGUGUCGCCCGGGCAGCGGCCCGCGAGAGCGACGCGAGGAACAGCUGACGGGAGAAGAACAGAACUAGACAGGAGGGGAGAAUUUUGAUGCCAACAUGCAGCGAAGUAUCAUGUCAUUUUUCCAACCCCAAAAAGAGGGUAAAGCGAACAAGCCUGAGAAGGAGACAUCCGACAGCAGCAGAGAGACAGAGCCUCCUCCAAAGGCAGCACUGAAGGAGCGGAAUGGAGUGGUGGCCGAGAGUGACUCUCCAGUGAAGAGGCCAGGGAGGAAGACAGCCCGGGUCCUGGGUAGUGAAGAGGAGGAAGAGGAUGAAGCCCUCACUUUCCCUAAAUGCCAGAAGCCUGUCCCGGACUGCCCACAAGCCUCCCCGCCCAGUCCCGCCACAUCUCCUGAGAACAGCCCUGCCCUCUCUGACAGCCCUCCCAUGGACGUCUCCCCAUCCGGGAUCCCAAAGCGCCGCACAGCUCGGAAGCAGCUCCCGAAACUGACACUUCAGGAUGCCCAGGAAGAGCAGAGUGAGGAUACAAACAGAGAAGCCAAGAGGAGGAAGAAGGAGGAAGAAGCAGAGAUCCCAAGAGAAAGCCUCAUGGAGACUAAAGUGGCAACAAAGAAGGAAGCAGAAGGUGGGGACCAGCCCACAACGCCCCUCAAGCCCUUAAGGACUUCCAAGGCAGAGACCCUGAAGGAAAGCGUUUCAGAGCCCAUGGUGGCCGUGAAGCAGGAACCCCAGGAGGAGGACCCCACAAAGGCUCCCCCUAGAGCACCCAAGAUGCUCAGCAACUUCUUCACUCCCCGGAAGCCAUCAAUCAAAAAAGAAGUGAAGGAGGAGGGCGAAGGUAACCCAGGAGAGGAGAGGACAGAAGGACGCCUGGACCCAUCCACCUACAAUCCUGCCAAGAACAACUACCAUCCUGUCAAAGAUGCCUGCUGGAAACCGGGCCAGAAGGUUCCUUUCCUGGCCGUGGCCCGGACAUUUGAGAAGAUCGAAGAGGUUUCUGCUCGGCUCCGGAUGGUGGAGACACUGAGCAACUUGCUGCGUUCCGUGGUGGCCCUGUCACCCCCGGACCUCCUCCCUGUCCUUUACCUCAGCCUCAACCGCCUUGGGCCGCCCCAGCAGGGCCUGGAGCUUGGCGUGGGUGACGGCGUCCUGCUCAAGGCAUUGGCCCAGGCCACAGGUCGGCAGCUGGAGUCCGUCCGUGCUGAGGUGGCCGAGAAGGGCGACAUAGGGCUGGUGGCCGAGAAUAGCCGCAGCACCCAGAGGCUCAUGCUGCCGCCGCCUCCACUCACCACCUCUGGGCUCUUCACCAAGUUUUGUGACAUUGCCAGGCUCACCGGCAGUGCUUCCAUGGCCAAGAAGAUAGACAUCAUCAAAGGUCUGUUUGUUGCCUGCCGCCACUCAGAAGCCCGAUUCAUUACCAGGUCCCUAAGUGGACGGCUGCGCCUUGGACUGGCGGAGCAGUCAGUGUUGGCUGCCCUCUCCCAGGCUGUGAGCCUCACGCCCCCAGGACAAGAAUUCCCCCCAGCCGUGGUGGAUGCUGGGAAGGGCAAGACAGCAGAGGCCAGAAAGAGCUGGCUAGAGGAGCAAGGCAUGAUUCUGAAGCAGACGUUCUGUGAGGUGCCCGACCUGAACCGAAUUAUCCCCGUACUACUGGAGCAUGGCUUGGAACACCUCCCGGAGCACUGCAGGCUGAGCCCAGGGAUCCCCCUGAAACCAAUGUUGGCCCAUCCCACCCGUGAGGUCAGCGAGGUCCUGAAACGCUUCGACGAGGCAGCUUUCACCUGCGAAUACAAAUACGAUGGGCAGAGGGCACAGAUCCAUGUUCUGGAAGGCGGGGAGGUGAAGAUCUUCAGCAGGAAUCAGGAAGACAAUACUGGGAAGUACCCAGACAUCAUCAGCCGCAUCCCCAAGAUUAAACUCCCAUCAGUCACAUCCUUCAUCCUGGACACCGAAGCCGUGGCCUGGAACCGAGAAAAGAAGCAGAUCCAGCCGUUCCAAGUGCUGACCACCCGCAAACGCAAGGAGGUGGAUGCGUCGGAGAUCCAGGUGCAGGUGUGUUUGUACGCCUUCGACCUCAUCUACCUCAAUGGAGAGUCCCUGGUACGUGAGCCCCUCUCCCGACGCCGGCAGCUGCUCCGGGAGAACUUUGUGGAGACAGAGGGCGAGUUUGUCUUCGCCACCUCCCUGGACACCAAGGACAUCGAGCAGAUUGCCGAGUUCCUGGAGCAGUCAGUGAAAGACUCCUGCGAGGGGCUGAUGGUGAAGACCCUGGAUGUCAAUGCCACCUAUGAGAUCGCCAAGAGAUCGCACAACUGGCUCAAGCUGAAGAAAGACUACCUGGACGGCGUGGGCGAUACACUGGACCUUGUGGUGAUUGGCGCCUACCUGGGCCGGGGGAAGCGGGCCGGCCGGUAUGGAGGCUUCCUGCUGGCCUCCUAUGACGAGGACAGCGAGGAGCUGCAGGCCAUAUGCAAGCUUGGAACCGGCUUCAGUGACGAGGAACUAGAGGAGCAUCACCAGAGCCUGAAGGCCCUGGUGCUGCCCACCCCACGCUCCUAUGUGCGAAUAGAUGGUGCCGUGACCCCCGACCACUGGCUGGAGCCCAGCACAGUGUGGGAGGUGAAGUGCGCUGACCUCUCCCUCUCCCCCAUCUAUCCUGCCGCCCGGGGCCUGGUGGACAGUGAGAAGGGGAUCUCCCUUCGCUUCCCCCGGUUUAUUCAAGUCCGUGAAGACAAGCAGCCGGAGCAGGCCACCUCCAGUGCCGAGGUGGCCUAUUUGUACCAGAAGCAGAGUCAGAUUCAGAACCAAGAAAGCGACAACUCAGACUUUGACUUUGAAGAUAUUUACUAAGCAUCUGCCCUUAAGCAAAUCUGAUGUUGCAGUCUAUGAUCCUUGAGUCAGGAAUGUGUGUGUGUGAAGAUGUGGUUUACACUGGGGCCUGGGAUUCAUUCAGUCAUUUCUUUCAAUAAAUAAUUAUCAAACAC